AUGCAGUCCCUCCGUCGCAUCCCCGGCCGAUUCCUCUCACGAACGUUCUCCUCCUCUGCAACACGUCACGAGAUUCGCGAUGUUGCCUCCCUAUCACAGCGACUGAUUCCCAAAUACCAAGAAUCCCAGGGCGAACUGCUUUCUCUCCAAUGGCCAGCAGCUCCACGAAACAUUCUGUUGGUCCGCAAGAACUGCGCGCCAGAGGUGACUGACUCGCUGGUCGAAUUUGCCAAUCACAUCACCUCGACAUAUCCCUCCGUCUCCGUCGUCCUCGAGUCAACAACAGCCGCCGAAGUCCACUCAACCCUCUCCUAUCCCGUCUAUUCAGCCUCGCUGGACGAGAAACCAACAGCAUUCCAUGACAAGGUCGACCUGACAGUCACACUCGGCGGAGAUGGCACCAUCCUACACGCAUCAUCACUCUUUGCUACGUGCUCGAAUGUGCCCCCAGUCCUCUCAUUCAGCAUGGGCACACUCGGCUUCCUAAGCGAAUGGAAAUUCUCCGAAUUCAAACGCGCCUUCCGAGAAGUCUACAUGUCCGGAGCUGGCGCAGGAGACCGCACCGCAGUUCUCGAAGAGGCCCAACCUCCCGCAGCCACAGCCACAACGACGACCACAACUACACCAGGGGCGCCCGGCUCAUCAGACAUGGGUCCGACAGGUUGGUCCUCCGUCCGAGGCAAAUCCAUGGGCUGUACCCGCGGCGCACCCAUCCUAAUGCGCAACCGGCUCAAAGUCGGACUAUUCACCGGGGACGGCGAAGAAACCACGCCCAUCCGGGGCAAAUCCGACCAAGGCGAAGGGGUCUACGUAAUGAACGAGCUACUCAUCCACCGAGGCAAAGAACCCCAUCUAGCCGUGGUGGACAUCUUCGUCGGCGGGCGAUUUUUAACAGAGGCGGUGGUGGAUGGAAUUAUCAUCUCGACCCCGACCGGAAGUACAGCAUACAGUCUUAGCAGUGGGGGCAGUAUUGUGCACCCCUUGGUUCCCUCGAUCCUUUUGACCCCGAUCUGUGCGCGCAGUCUCAGUUUUCGACCCCUGGUCUUACCGUUGAGUACGCCUAUCACGCUGCGGUUGAGUGAGAAGAAUCGCGGGCGCGAGUUGGAAGUUAGUCUUGAUGGGGUGAAUCUUGGACAAGGGAUGGCGGUUGGUAUGGAGGUGCGAGUUUGGAAUGAGGAGAUGCGGCAUGGUAAGAAUGAAUGGCAGGGCGGCGUGCCGAGUGUGAUGCGGAGAAGCAUGGGGGGGGAGGCGCACGAGGGAUGGGUUGGAGGGUUGAAUGGGCUGUUGAAGUUUAACUAUCCAUUUGGAGAGUGA